CACCGUGCUUUGGCUGUUUCGUUACCUAUAUAUUGCUAUAUAUACAGACGUUUAUAUCAGUUUAUGUAUAUAACGUUAUAUAUACGUUAUACAUAUCGUUAUAUAUACGUUUAUCAAGUCACUUUGUUAGCAUUUGCUAGUUUCGUUGGAUUUCAUUCAUUUUUUAUACAUAUUUAUUUAUUUAUAUAUAUAAUUAUAUAUAUAAUAUAUAUAUAAAAUAUCGAGUGUACACAAGUAUGGCUGACGCUGCCGCAAGACAGCUUCAAUACGAAUAUAAAGCGAAUUCAAAUCUUGUAUUACAAGCUGACGUACGUUUGAUUGAACGACGUAGUCGAGAUGAAGCAACCGGUGAAGUCAUGUCCCUUGUUGGGAAAUUGGAUGGUACACGAAUGGGUGAUCGUUCACAACGUUCAAAACCAGGAAAAGCUGAAGAACGUAAAGCUAAACGUCAAAAACGUGACGAAGCUCAAUAUGAUUUUGUAAGAAUGAAAGGUGAAACAUUGUUAUCAGAUAACGUUGAUGAUAUUGCCGGAAUUAUUUAUCGUCCAAAAACUCAAGAAACUCGUGAAAAAUAUACAGUAUUAUUGAGCUUUAUUCAACAAGCACUUGGUGAUCAGCCAUCAAAUAUUCUGUGUGGUACUGCUGAUGAAGUUUUAGUAGUUUUGAAAAAUGAUAGGCUUCAAGAUAAACAAAAAAAAAAAGAAGUUGAAGCAUUUCUUGGUGCAUUACCUGAUGAAAGAUUUGCAUUGCUAGUUAAUUUAGCUAAAAAAAUUACUGAUUUUGGCAGUGAAGAAAAAAAUCCAACGAGUGAAGAGAAUAUUGACGAACAAUACGGUAUCAAUGUUGAAUUUGAAUCAAGCAGUGAGGAAGACGAUGAGGAUGUCUAUGGUGAAGUACAUGAAAAUGACGAAGAACAUAUGGAAGAAGGUGAGGAAGCUAAUGAAAACCGAGCGAUCCACGCUGAAAAUCUUGGUAAUGUUGAAGAAAUGAAAAAAGAAAAAAUUUUGCAUCCAUUGGACAUUGAUGCAUACUGGUUACAAAGAAAAUUGAGUAAAUAUUAUAAUGAUGCUAUUGCAUCACAGUCAAAAGCAACCGAUGUUUUAGCAAUUUUAAAAAAUGCUGGUGAUGAUCGUGAAUGUGAAAAUCAGCUUGUACUGUUGCUUGGCUAUGAUCAAUUUGAUUUUAUUAAACAACUAAAAAAAUAUCGUCGAAUGAUUGCAUAUUGCACAAUGUUAGCAUCAUCACAGUCUGAAUCUGAUCGUCAAAAAAUACGUAACAAAAUGAAUGAUGAUCCAAGUCUUGCUAAAAUUUUACGUCAACUUGAUACUGGAAAAAAUGAUGAGGAUAAUAAUGAAACUAUGGAAGCACGUGCACAAAGACAACGUCGGGAAGAAAAUGAAGAUAUUGGUGGUCCAGGUGGUUUGGUCCAAGGCACAAGAACAAUGAUUGAUUUAGGUGAUUUAGUAUUUGCUCAGGGAUCUCAUUUUAUGGCAAACAAAAAGUGUGAUUUACCAGAUGGAAGUUUCAGAAAAAUAAGAAAAGGAUACGAAGAAGUACAUGUGGCAGCACUUAAACCAAAACCAUUUGAUGAUAAUGAAAAAUUACUUCCAAUUGAUCAACUGCCAAGGUAUGUACAGCCAGCUUUUGCAGGAUUUGAAACUCUUAAUCGUAUACAAAGUAGACUUCAUCAUACUGCACUUGAAAGUAAUGAAAAUCUGUUACUUUGUGCACCAACUGGAGCUGGUAAAACAAAUGUUGCUUUGUUGACUAUGAUGAGAGAAAUUGGCAAACAUAUAAAUGAAGAGGGAAUUAUUGAUGUUGAUCAAUUUAAAAUUAUUUAUGUAGCACCUAUGAGGUCAUUGGUUCAAGAAAUGGUGGGUAAUUUUGGUAAACGUUUGGCAAGUUACAAUUUAACUGUUUCAGAGUUAACUGGCGAUCAUCAACUAACUCGUGAACAAAUUGCAGCAACUCAAGUUAUUGUUUGUACACCAGAAAAAUGGGACAUUAUUACAAGAAAAGGUGGUGAAAAAACAUUUACCAAUUUAGUGAGAUUAAUAAUCAUUGAUGAAAUUCAUUUGUUACACGACGAAAGAGGACCCGUACUGGAGGCACUUGUUGCACGUACAAUUCGUAAUAUUGAAGCAACACAAGAAGAUGUAAGACUCGUUGGUCUUUCAGCAACACUGCCAAAUUACUAUGACGUUGCUAAAUUUUUAAGAGUUAGCGUUGAAACUGGACUCUUUUAUUUUGAUAAUAGUUUUCGUCCAGUAUCUUUGGAACAACAAUACAUUGGUGUUACUGAAAAAAAAGCCUUAAAACGUUUUCAAGUUAUGAAUGAAAUUGUUUAUGAAAAAACAAUGGAACACGCUGGAAAAAAUCAAGUAUUAAUAUUUGUUCAUUCAAGAAAAGAAACCGGCAAAACAGCUCGAGCAAUUCGUGAUAUGUGUCUUGAAAAAGAUUCUCUUGGACAAUUUUUACGUGAAGGCUCAGCAUCAAUGGAAGUAUUACGUGCAGAAGCUGUUCAAGUAAAAAAUCAAGAACUAAAAGAUUUGUUACCUUAUGGAUUUGCUAUUCAUCAUGCUGGUAUGACAAGAGUUGAUAGAACUUUAGUUGAAGAUUUGUUUGCCGAUCGACAUAUUCAAGUUUUAGUAUCAACUGCAACACUUGCUUGGGGUGUCAAUUUACCAGCUCACACUGUAAUUAUCAAAGGAACACAAAUUUAUAAUCCAGAAAAAGGAAGAUGGGUAGAGCUUGGUGCACUUGAUGUUUUACAAAUGUUAGGAAGAGCUGGAAGACCUCAAUAUGACACAAAAGGUGAAGGUAUAUUAAUUACAAAUCAUAGUGAACUUCAAUAUUAUCUUUCACUUUUAAAUCAACAAUUGCCAAUUGAAUCACAAUUAAUUGGAAAACUGUCAGAUAUGUUGAAUGCUGAAAUUGUUCUUGGAACUAUUCAAAAUAUACGCGAUGCUGUUACUUGGCUUGGAUAUACAUAUUUAUACGUCAGAAUGAAGCGUUGUCCUAAUUUAUACGGAAUUAGUCAUGAUAAAAAACAAGAAGAUUCUUGCUUGGAACUUCACCGUGCUGAUUUAAUUCAUUCAGCAGCAGCUCAACUUGACCGCAGUGGACUAUGUAAAUAUGAUAGAAAAUCUGGUAAUUUUCAAGCAACAGAACUUGGAAGAAUCGCAUCACAUUAUUAUUGCACUCAUGAAACAAUGGCAACUUACAAUAAAUUGUUAAAAAGAACAUUGAGUGAAAUUGAAUUAUUUAGAGUUUUUUCAUUGUCUGGAGAAUUUCGUCACAUUAAUGUAAGAGAUGAAGAAAAACUUGAAUUACAAAAAUUAAUGGAACGUGUGCCAAUUCCAAUUAAAGAAAGUAUUGAAGAACCAAGUGCUAAAGUAAAUGUACUUCUUCAAGCAUAUAUUUCCCAAUUAAAACUUGAAGGAUUUGCUUUGAUGUCUGAUAUGGUAUUUGUCACACAAUCAGCAUCAAGAUUGAUGAGAGCAAUUUAUGAAAUUGUAUUAUUCCGUGGAUGGGCUCAGUUGGCUGAUAAAUGUUUGUCACUUUGCAAAAUGAUUGAUAGACGAAUGUGGCAGUCCAUGACUCCACUGCGACAAUUUCGUAAAAUGCCCGAAGAAGUUAUUAAAAAAAUUGAAAAGAAAAGUUUCCCAUGGGAACGUCUUUAUGAUCUUGGUCCAACUGAAAUUGGUGAAUUAGUACGUGUUCCAAAAUUAGGAAAAACUAUUCACAAAUAUAUUCAUCAAUUUCCUAAACUUGAAUUAAAAACUCAAAUUCAGCCUAUCACAAGAUCAACAUUGAGAGUUGAAUUGACAAUCACACCAGAUUUUCAAUGGGAUGAAAAAGUUCACGGUGUAUCUGAAGCUUUUUGGGUUCUCGUUGAAGAUGUUGACUCUGAAGUUAUUCUCCAUCAUGAAUAUUUUUUAUUGAAACAAAAAUAUGCAAAUGAUGAACAUUUGAUAAAAUUUUUUGUGCCAGUUUUUGAACCAUUACCACCACAGUAUUUUCUUCGAGUUGUUUCUGAUCGUUGGAUUGGUGCUGAAGCACAAUUACCAGUAAGUUUUCGUCAUUUGAUUUUACCAGAAAAAAAUCUUCCACCAACUGAACUUCUUGAUCUUCAACCACUUCCAAUAACUGCAUUGAGAAAUCACAAAUUUGAAUCUUUAUAUACUGACAAAUUUCCACAAUUUAAUCCAAUUCAAACUCAAGUAUUUAAUGCUGUUUAUAAUUCAGACGAUAAUGUUUUUAUUGGUGCGCCAACUGGAUCGGGAAAAACAACAAUUGCUGAGUUUGCUGUUCUUCGAUUACUGACACAAAAUUCAGAAGGUCGUUGUGUUUAUAUGGUCAGCAAAGAAGCACUUGCUGAAUUAAUAUAUGCAGACUGGACGAUAAAAUUCAAUAAUCAACUUGGCAGAAAAGUUGUACUUCUCACUGGUGAAACAGGAAGUGAUUUAAAACUUCUAGCAAAAGGUCAAAUAAUCAUAACAACAGCUGACAAAUGGGAUAUAUUAUCUCGCAGAUGGAAACAACGUAAAAAUGUACAAAAUAUUCAACUAUUUAUAGUUGAUGAACUACAAUUAAUUGGUGGUGAAGAGGGACCAGUUUUGGAAGUUGCUUGUUCACGUGCUCGUUAUAUUUCAUCACAACUAGAAAAGCCUAUAAGAAUUGUUGCACUUACAGCAUCAUUAGCAGAUUCAAAAGAUGCUGCUUCAUGGCUAGGUGCUCCAGCUGCAGCAACAUUCAAUUUUCAUCCAUCAGUACGCCCUGUACCUCUUGAGCUUCAUGUUCAAGGUAUAAAUAUUACACACAAUGCAUCAAGACUUGCUGCAAUGGCAAAACCAGUUUACAAUGCAAUACUCCGUCAUGCAAAACACAAACCAGUCAUAAUAUUUGUACCAACAAGAAAACAAGCAAGAUUAAUGACAUUUAAUUUGUUGACAUUUGCUGCAGCUGAAGGUCAGCCAGAUCAAUUUUUCCAUACUGAAAAAUCUGAUAUUGAACCAUUCCUCGAUCGUAUGUCUGACAAAAUUCUCUGUGAUACCUUGUUAAAGGGUGUUGCAUAUCUUCAUGAAGGACUAUCACCGGAAGAUCGUCAUCUUGUGCAACAAAUUUUUGAAGCUGGUGCCAUUCAAGUAGCUGUUGUCACGAGAGAUCUUUGCUGGGGAUUAUCAAUAAGUUCACAUCUUGUUGUCGUAAUGGAUACUCAGUGUUAUAAUGGUAAAACACAUGCCUAUGAAGAUUAUCCUACGACUGAUGUUUUACAAAUGGUUGGUAGAGCAAAUCGACCGCUUGAUGAUGAUGAUGCAAAAUGUGUAUUACUCUGUCAAAGUUCUAAAAAAGAUUUUUUCAAAAAAUUCCUCAAUGAACCACUGCCAGUUGAAAGUCAUCUGGAUCACAGAUUACAUGAUCAUUUUAAUGCUGAAAUUGUAACCAAAACAAUUGAAAACAAACAAGAUGCUGUUGAUUACUUGACAUGGACAUUUUUAUAUCGAAGAUUGACACAAAAUCCAAAUUAUUAUAGUUUACAAGGUGUAACACAUCGACAUUUGUCUGAUCAUCUUUCUGAAUUAGUAGAAAGUACAUUAAGUGAUUUAGAACAGGCCAAAUGUGUUGCUGUUGAAGAUGAAAUGGACACAUUGCCACUUAAUCUUGGCAUGAUUGCAGCAUAUUAUUAUAUCAACUAUGCAACAAUUGAACUUUUCAGUCUUUCAUUAAAUAAUAAAACAAAAAUUCGUGGACUUUUAGAGAUUAUAUCUGCAGCAGCUGAAUAUGAAAAUAUUCCUGUUCGACAAAGAGAAGAAAAUCUUUUGCGAAGUGUUGCUCAGAAACUUCCACAUUCACCACAAGUAUCAAGAAUGGCUGAUCCACAUAUUAAAUCUCAGCUUCUCAUACAAGCACACUUAUCAAGAAUUCAACUUAGUCCAGAAUUACAAAAAGAUACUGAAUUAGUUUUGAGUAAAGCCAUAAGACUUAUACAAGCAUGUGUCGAUGUACUAUCAUCAUCUGGUUGGCUUGCACCAGCAGUUGCUGCUAUGGAACUUGCUCAAAUGGUUACACAAGCAAUGUGGUCCAAAGAUUCAUAUUUAAAACAACUACCACAUUUUACUGCUGAAACAAUAAAACGUUGUACUGACAAAGGUGUUGAGACUGUUUUUGAUGUUAUGGAACUUGAUGAUGACGAUAGAAAUCGUCUUUUACAAUUAUCUGAAUCACAAAUGGCUGAUGUUGCCAAGUUUUGUAAUCGUUAUCCCAACAUUGAGAUGAGCCAUGUAGUACAGGAAAAAGACAAAUUACACAGUGGUGGUACUGUUAAUGUUAUUGUACAAUUGGAUCGUGAAGAUGAAGUUACUGGUCCUGUUGUUGCACCUUUCUUUCCACAAAAAAGAGAAGAAGGCUGGUGGGUUGUUAUUGGUGAUCCAAAAACAAAUUCGUUACUUUCUAUUAAAAGAUUGACGUUACAACAAAAGGCCAAAGUUAAACUUGAUUUUGUUGCACCUGCUGCUGGACAACAUAAUUAUACAAUUUAUUUCAUGAGUGAUGCUUAUCUCGGAUGUGAUCAGGAGUAUAAAUUUACAAUAAAUGUCGGUGAAUAUGUGUCGGGUGGUAGCUCAGCUUCCGAUACAGAUACAGAAUAAAUUAUAAGAAAAAUGAAAAAAAAACACUAUCAUAUAAUUUGCUGUAAAUAUAAAGGGUUCAGAUAAAAAUACAACAACAAAUUCAAGUAUCGUUCUGCCUCAUAUAAUAAAUGUAAAUUAUUUAAUAACGUUCAAUUUGUAUUAAUUGAAUUCGAGGAUUACUGAGCACAUUGAUUUAAUAAAAUUUAUCGUAUUUUAUUUUUUAGUCACAUA